GAGCCACCUCUUCCUGUCUCACUGUUUCUCUGCCAGUUCAAUUCUGGUCAAAUAAUGACCGGGACCCGUCGAGCUGCCCAGGCCACACUGGGCUCUCCAGCUACCCCGACCCACUUGCCAAAUGCAACAACAAUCCCAAGCCAAAAACCAUCUGGAGGCCACAGUCCCAACAAGUUCAUGAGUGAACUGCGCAGCAUCCACAUGCCAUCGUGGGCUGUUGCUGCCCUUUGUCUCGUGAGUUUGUGCGUGGUGCUUUCAUGUGCUGUAUGUGUAUGGAAGAAGUGUUUGAAAAAGAAGGACAAGGACAAAGACAAGGACAAGAAAAAGGGAAAAGAGAAGAGCAUGGGAGGCUUUGACACUGAAAUGGAUGGAGGUUACAAUGAGCCGCUGAAAGAUGAAGGUAACAAAGAAACAGAGCUGUCUGAUAAUGAGCCCAAGGAGGAAGAAAAGCUGGGCAGACUACAUUUCACACUAGACUACAACUUCACAGAUAAUACGCUGGUGGUGGGCAUCUUGCAGGCUGCAGAGCUUCCUGCCAUGGAUGUAGGAGGUAGCUCUGACCCUUACGUUAAACUUUAUCUGCUCCCGGACAAAAAGAAAAAGUUUGAAACCAAAGUUCAUAGGAAGACACUCGAACCCAACUUCAAUGAGACUUUCACAUUUAAGGUACCGUACACUGAACUGGGCGGGAAGACACUGGUGAUGACUGUGUACGACUUUGACCGUUUCUCAAAACACGAUGCCAUAGGAGCGGUGAAGAUACCGAUGAGCAGUGUGGACUUCAGCCAGUCCCUGCAGGAGUGGAGGGACUUGCAGAAGGCAGAGAAGGAGGAGAGCGAGCGGCUCGGAGACAUAUGUUUGUCCUUGAGGUAUGUGCCCACUGCGGGGAAGCUGACAGUGGUGAUUCUGGAAGCCAAAAACCUGAAGAAAAUGGAUGUGGGUGGAUUAUCGGACCCUUACGUGAAGAUCCACUUAAUGCAGAAUGGGAAAAGACUCAAGAAGAAGAAAACAACGAUAAAGAAGAACACUUUGAACCCUUACUACAAUGAGUCUUUCAGCUUUGAAGUGCCAUGUGAACAGAUAGAGAAGGUGCAGAUAGCAGUCACUGUGUUGGACUAUGAUAAGAUUGGGAAGAAUGACGCCAUCGGGAAGGUGUUGCUGGGUGGUAACAGCACUGGGACCGAGCAACGUCAUUGGUCAGACAUGCUGGCUAACCCCCGGCGGCCCAUAGCCCAGUGGCACAGCCUCAAACCAGAGGAUGAAGUCAACGCACUAAUGUCCAACAAGAAAUGAAACUGACCCCAGUCUGCUAUGAGACGUCUGCAGUAUUUACCUCAGCCACUUCCAAUUUAUGUUUCUACCUCUGCUCUAAUUCCCCUUAAAAACCUUUAAGCUACUUAACUGAGUAAAUCUACCCAAUAAUACCCUGUUUUAACCUUGACACUAUCCGAGUCACUAUUACGCACUUAAAGCCCUCCUUCAGUAAUUCCCCACUGCUUCUAACUAAACUGCUAUAAAGAGUUUUAGACAAAGAUGUGUCACUGGGCACAGUGCUAUUAAAUCAGAUGAGAUUUUUUUUAAAAAAAUGUUUGUAUGUUUUUCUUCAUCUGUUCUGAGCUGCUCAAAAACAGUAACACCACACCUGAUAUAGACCUGCAGAGGAAGGCAAUCAAAAGGAUAUUGAAAUAAGAGCCUCAUAUGACUGCUGUUAUGUUAGUUAUUUCAUUAUAUUCACUGUUGUAUUUUGCUAAUCAAAUAACUGGGUUGCUAUAAUUCAUUUUGAAUGUAAGUUAUACAUUUGAAAUUUUAUUUUAUCUCAGUGGAGCAUUUUCCAAUAGAAAUAAUACUUAUUAAAACUACAAAAGUACACUGAUUGUGGUGUUGGAGCACAGCCUAGGACAAGAAAAAUGCUGAGAUAAGUGUUUUGGCAUCAUAAUUAAUGGACAGCUUUCUCUGCUGCAUCACAUACAAAACAGCAGAACAGGCCAGAAUCACAGCAAGAACCCAAGAGGGUUUUUUUCCUCUAUCUUCAUUUUUAGUUUUCAGUUAUCCAUGUCCAAUGUGAUACUUUAUUUCUAGGUUAAUGUUAAUGUUAAGACAGUAUUUUUCAAUCCCACAUGUGAAAUGAGCAAUAAAGCAUCAUCUUUCCGUUCUAAUUUACUUGUACACAGGCUGAGUGGUCAUGCUUAACAUUUUUCUGCUCCUUGAAUAAAAAAAAUUGC